GAGCAAACCUAAGUCACUUCAUUCCUGCAGAGCACAGGGGUAAUGGCGAAGGAAAAGAAAGAUAUAGGCAGCUCCUGGGAGGACCUGGCAUUACCCGAAUACUUUCCAGAACCAUACACAGAGGAGAGAGCUGAGGAGGAGGAGGAGGACACAGAAGAAGCUGCCAAAGACAGCGCAGUAAAAUGCAGCCCAACUCUGCUGAGGAUGCUGAAGGCAGCAGAGAGCAGGUGGACGCCUCGCGACAGAGACAAGGCAGAACCGUCCAAACUGGGGUGGAAAGUCAGCGAGGCCGAGGCUUUGAAGACAAACAUGCAAAUUCAGCUCAAUGACCAGCAAGAGGAAUUCAACAAGCUUCCCACCAAGACUGGACCUCGGCCUCUGUCUCACUCCGUCUCCCAGUUGUCUGCAGACUGCUUCAGUUCAGUGGGCAGCGUAAGCUCUGAAGAUGAAUCCCCUCCCCAACAGAAGCCACAGAAGACCUCCAAGGGCCUGACGGACUUCUGCAUCAAAAGCAUCAAGCAGGCUGCCUUUGGGCGCAAAGAAAUAGACAUCGCUCAGCAAGGAAUGCCGGCUCUGAUGAUCCUGAGGAAAAGAGCAGGUGGAGAGAAACCUCUGGCUGGAGCCAAAGUCGUGGGAUGCACACACAUCACUGCACAGACAGCGGUGUUAAUUGAGACUCUGGCAGCGUUGGGGGCUCAGUGUCGAUGGGCCGCUUGCAACAUCUUCUCCACCCAGAACGCGGUGGCUGCUGCUCUGGCUGAAGGAGGAAUCUCGGUGUUUGCCUGGAAAGGAGAAUCGGAGGAUGACUUCUUGUGGUGUAUAGACCGAUGCGUGGCCGCUGACUCCUGGGAGCCAAACUUGAUUCUGGACGAUGGCGGUGAUUUGACCCAGUGGAUCUACAAGAAGUAUCCGAGCCUGUUCAAAAAGCUCAAAGGCAUUGUGGAGGAGAGCGUGACGGGCAUCUAUCGGUUGUACCAGCUGUCCAAAGCCGGCAAACUGUGCGUCCCUGCCAUGAACGUGAACGACUCUGUGACCAAGCAGAAGUUUGACAACAUUUACUGCUGCAAGGAGUCCAUACUGGACGGGUUGAAGCGAACAACUGAUGUCAUGUUUGGAGGAAAGCAGGUGGUGGUGUGUGGAUACGGCGAGGUCGGUAAAGGCUGUUGCGCCGCUCUGAAAGGACUGGGCGCCGUCAUUUACGUGACAGAAGUGGAUCCUAUUUGUGCCCUUCAGGCCUGCAUGGAUGGCAUCAGAGUGAUUACACUGAGUGAAGUUAUCAGACAUGCAGACAUGGUGAUCACCUGCACAGGCAACAAGGACGUGGUAACUCGGGAACACUUUGACAGAAUGAGAAGCGGCUGCAUCGUCUGCAACAUGGGACACUCAAACACUGAGAUAGAUUUGGCAAGUCUGCGGACCACAGAGCUGAAGUGGCAUCGAGUCAGGCCUCAAGUGGACCACAUCAUCUGGCCUGAUGGCAAGCGGGUCGUCCUCCUGGCUGAGGGUCGGCUGCUGAACCUGAGCUGCUCCACUGUGCCGUCAUUUGUCCUCUCCGUCACAGCUGCAACUCAAGCUUUGGCUCUAAUAGAGCUGUACAACGCCCCAGCAGGGCGGUACAAACAGGACGUUUACCUGCUGCCAAAGAAGAUGGAUGAAUAUGUAGCCAGUCUGCACCUGCCGAUGUUUGACGCUCAUGUAACAGAGCUGACCGAUGAGCAGGCCCAGUACCUCGGCAUCAGCAAACACGGACCCUUCAAACCCAAUUAUUAUAGAUAUUAAUCAAAGAGAUAAUUUGGCUUGAAAAUCCAUUCAACACCUCCUACCAUGAGGCACUGGCGCCCCCUGCAGUCACAUGCACUGUACUGCUGUUGUGCCGUGACAGCCUUUCAUUUAUAUUUUAUUUUAUUUUAUUUUUUGUUUUUGUUUCUUUCAGUCACAUUUCUGUGUCCAGAAUAUAUUAUCCACUAAAUUUUGAAUUAAUUAUUAAAAUAAACAGACAUUUGUUAAAACUUU